GAGACGCGUUGGACGUGGACAUGGAGGCGGACGGCAGAGCCGGCUGGGACAGCCCGGUGCAGUUUGUUCUGGCCUGUGUUUCGUACGCGGUGGGUCUCGGGAACGUGUGGAGGUUCCCGUACCUGUGCCAGCUGCACGGCGGAGGUGGGUUCCUGGUUCCAUACUUAGUUAUGCUGUUCGUGGAAGGUAUUCCUUUAUUUUACAUGGAGCUUGCCAUUGGUCAGAAGAUGCGUCUUGGCAGCAUUGGGGCGUGGACUACCAUCAGCCCAUACCUGGGAGGGCUGGGCUUUUCCAGUGUGGUGGCAUCCGUGUAUCUGUGUCUCUAUUACAAUGUCAUCAAUGCAUGGAGCUUCUGGUACCUCUUUCAUUCAUUUCAAUCAGUGCUGCCUUGGGCAGAAUGCCCUAUCAAUGCCAACAGGACAGGGUAUUUAGAGGAGUGUGAUGUUGCCACACCCACCCAGUACUUCUUCUACAGAGAAACCCUCAACAUCUCACCGUCUAUAGAAGUCAAUGGAGGUGUCCACCUUGGACAGGUCCUCUGCUUCAUGCUGGCAUGGAUGAUAACCUACCUCUUUGUUGUCCGAGGAGUGAAGUCAAGUGGAAAGGUGGUGUACUUCACAGCCACUUUUCCUUAUCUGGUUUUGUUCAUUUACCUGAUCCGAGGAGUCACUCUUCAUGGUGCAAUGAAUGGCCUUACAUACAUGUUCACACCUAAGAUGGAGGAGCUUGCCAAUCCAAUAGCGUGGAUCAAUGCAGCCACUCAGAUCUUUUUCUCUCUGGGUUUGGGUUUCGGCUCCCUCAUAGCCUUUGCCAGCUACAAUCAAUACCACAACAACUUUGAGCAGCAGGCCAUCAUUGUUUCCUUGAUCAACAGCGGAACCUCCAUCUUUGCCAGCAUCGUCACUUUUUCCAUCUACGGUUUCAAAGCCACUGUCAACUAUGAGAACUGCUUGGAGAGAAUUCGCUUGCUGUUGAUGAAUUCAUUUAAUCUGGCAGAAGACUCCAUCACCAUAGACAACAUCUUUGAAUGGAUAGAGAGGCUGAACUCAACAUACCCUCAAGAGUAUGCUGAAGUCACCAAUGGCACCAAUACCUGUUAUCUGGAGAACGAACUGAGCCAUGCAGUAGAAGGAACAGGUCUAGCCUUCAUCCUCUACAGUGAGGCCAUUAAGAACAUGCCUUUGCCUCAGCUGUGGUCGGUGCUGUACUUCUUCAUGUUGCUGAUACUUGGUCUUGGUAGCAUGUUGGGAAGCGUCACUGCCAUCAUCACCCCACUGCAAGACUUCAAGAUAGUGUCCUCCAUCAGUACAGAGUUGUUUAGUGGAAUAGUGUGUGUUUUAUGUCUGCUGCUGGGCUUGGGCUUCACCACGACAUCUGGAAAUUACUGGUUUACAAUUUUCAAUGACUAUGCAGCCAACUUCUCCUUGCUCUUCAUUGUCCUCCUCGAGAUCAUCACUGUCAGCUACAUCUAUGGAAUAAAGAGGUUUGAAAGCGACAUAAUGGACAUGCUUGGUCAUCGCCCCAAUUGGUACUGGAAAAUCAUGUGGGUAGCAGUCAGUCCUAUUCUGCUCAUUGUCUUGUUCAUCUUCUAUAUUGUUAAUUAUAUCCUCGGAGGGACACCUACAUACCAAGCAUGGGACAAAGAACUGGCAGCAGUUGUGUCCACACCGUAUCCUGUCUUCUGUCAAGUUUUCAUCGGGCUUCUGUUGGUGUCAUCACUCAGCUGUGUUCCCAUCGCCGCUCUCUACAUCUAUUGCAGGAAGAGGAAACACGGCGCCCACCAGCGGCAGAGUGCUGUCAGUACAGUGUCUGCUAAGAUGCCUGUUGAUAUGUCUGACAUUUGCAAAACCCACCUUUGAGCUUUUAUCUUCAGUGAUG